AUGGGCAAGGAAUGGAAUUGGGUGGGAAAAUCAUCCAAAAGAAGUGUUAUAGUUGAAGAAAAUCAUGAAACAACACCUAGUGGAUGCAUGUGUGCUGUUUUUCGGUUCUUUGAUUUUCAUCAUUUUUCUAACUCAAUAAACCAUCAACAACAAAUCACUUUCAAAUCACCUUCUUCAACUACUAUAGUCCCAAAAGUUUCAGGUGGUGAAGCUCCUAGGAAUAGCUUGGAAUCUGAGGAUAGCAUUGUUUCAGGUUCUCUAUCAAAAGAAGAAAAGUUUAAAGUUCCAAAUAUACAAAUCAAAACUAAAAGGAGCAAUGGUGGAAAUUUGACUGAUUUGUCCUCAGAAAUCAGCACUUCAUCAUCACCAGGAACAAAGACACCAACUUUGGUAGCAAGAUUAAUGGGAACCAAACCAAGGAACAGCAUUGAUGGUAGUGAAAUUACAAGACUACCCUCAUCUAGAAAAUCAGAUUUUGAUCAACAUAGACUAUCUCUUCAAAUCAACAAAGCCAAUAGUUUUGGUGAUGAGGAUUUUGAGCUGCCUAGAUUGUCAUUUUCAAAGAAGAAAGUUGAUGAGAAUGGUUCUAAAAGUUCAAGUCACUAUGCUAAGCAAAUUGUGAAACAAGUUAAGGAAAGUGUUGUGAGUAGAAAAGUUGGUCAAGACAUUACCAACAAUCUCAAAAGCAUGCAGGAUAUCAAUAUCAAACAAAACACUAGAGUAACCAAGAAGUUACCAAGCAAUGAUCAAUUACAAGGAAGAGAAGAAUUCUUAGGACAAUUAAGAGUCAAGAAAUGUCCCAAAGCAUCAUCAUUGAAAGAUCCAAACCCUAAUUCAUCAUCUUCACCAAAGAUUAGAUUCAUUGACAACAAACACAAGCCAAACACAACAACAAAAACAACAUCAAAAAAUCAAAACACAAAACCAAAGGCUUGUGCAUUGAAACAAGAGCAAGAAUCAAAGGACAAGAAACUAGUCUCAUCAAAUUGCAAGAAAGCUACAAAUGAAAAGUUUAGUUCAAGAUUCAAAAGGCCUCCACAAACAUCAGAUAUAAUCGCUCGGCCAACAUCGAAUUCUCGAGCAAAUGACAUCAAAAGUAAUACCAAAUGCAAGAAAACUCAACCAUUGUCAAGCAAUCUUGUCAACAACAUCAAUGCUCUUUCAAAUGUUGACUCUGUUAAGACAGAGUCCUCUCCUCUGUCCAACAAAAUUCCUCAGAAUCAGUCACAGGUAUCUGAAACUCAAGACUGCAAACUCCAAAGGUACAAACCAGAAUUUCAGUACAUUGCAGAAAUCAUAAACAAACAUGUCACAACAACAAAAACAAUGUCUUUUCACAAAUUGUUCUCUUCAACACACUCACUUGACCCAUCAAUCUUCAACCUUCUCGAACAAAAUUCCGACGAUAAAGAUCAAAACUUUGGCACAAAAAACCAACUGGGUCAACGUUGGAAUCGGAAAUUGAUGUUUGAUUUGGUGGAUGAAGUUCUAAUGGAGAUUUUGAAGCCAAAGAGUAGUGAAAAAAAGCUAUGUUUUUUAGAUGAGUUUUGUGAGAAGUGGACAGUUAUGGAGUUAACAGAGAAAGUUUGGAAAAGGGUUAGGGGAUUUCCAUGUGCUAAGUGUGAAGUUUUGGAUGAUAUUGAUAAUUUGAUUGAAUCAGAAGAUAUGGAGAAAAUGAUCAAGUUUGAAGGUGAAGAUGAAAGAGAAGGGUUGGUGAGAGAGAUUGAAGGGAACAUAUUAAACACAUUGGUGCAUGAAACUAUUUUGGUUAUGAGUAUGUUUGAAUGA